CGCGGAGGUUCUGUAGCCAACACGAAGCUUCCUGGACGUCCGAUGAUGUAGGCAGGCGCUGCCAGGACUUACCUGAACUUGCCUGGAUCCUGCCUGAAUCUUGCCUGAAGCCUAAGGAGCUCCCUGGAAUAUUCAUGAGCUGACUGAGCGCCCCAAAUUCUAAUCCUCUCAUCAUCAUCGCAUGUUUCCUCCCCCACUUGUAACAGGCAAGAUAAAUACAAGUUUCACAUCUUGAUCCUCUUACGAUAUUCUCUUCUUCACUUUGAAAAGGAAUAAAAUAAUCUUUCUAGUGAUACCCCAAACUCUGAGCUUUUCAGCCAACACAUCACUUUAAAACGUGAACGACAUCUAUUUACAUUCACGUCACGAUUCACGAAUAACGACUCACUACAAUUUUCACGAUUCAUACCUUUCUACCAAACACUACCAGACACACACACAACGAUACAUCCUCAACUAAUACGCCUGAAGGCAUACACCCAACAUGACUUCACGGAUGGAAUUUACAGACCGGGGCAAAAAGGCCCUGGAGGAUGCUAUGACGCUAGCUGAGCAAUAUGCUCACACCCAACUAUUACCCGUCCACCUUGCAGUCUCUCUCCUCGACCCCCCGCCUGACCCUUCCAAGGACCAGCAGAAUGCGCCGCCUGGCACUACAAACAGCCUCUUCCGACAGGUGGUAGAGAGAGCACAUGGCGACCCUCAACUCUUCGACAGAGCUCUCAAGAAGACAUUAGUCCGUCUGCCAAGUCAAGAUCCCCCGCCUGAGAACGUAUCAAUGUCACCUACCUUCCACAACGUCCUUAGAAAGGCGCAAGACCUUCAGAAGACCCAGAAGGACACCUACAUUGCAGUCGACCACCUUAUCACUGCGCUUGCGGAAGACGCUUCCAUCGCAAAUGCUCUCAAGGAAGCCAAUAUUCCCAAACCCAAGCUGGUCCAGGAAGCUGUCCAAACUAUUCGCGGGACGAAGAGAGUGGACUCCAAAACCGCUGACACUGAGGAGGAGCAUGAGAACCUCUCUAAGUUUACCAUCGACAUGACAGAUAUGGCAAGAGAGGGUAAGAUCGAUCCUGUCAUCGGCCGAGAGGAAGAGAUCAGACGUGUUAUUCGAAUCUUAUCUCGACGAACAAAGAACAAUCCAGUACUGAUCGGUGAGCCCGGUGUCGGUAAAACUACAGUCGUCGAAGGCUUAGCUCAACGAAUUGUCAACGCCGAUGUACCCGACAAUCUUGCCGCCUGCAAAUUGCUUUCCCUCGAUGUCGGCGCUUUGGUUGCCGGAAGCAAAUACCGUGGUGAAUUUGAGGAGAGAAUGAAGGGUGUGCUCAAGGAGAUCUCGGAGUCGAAAGAAAUGAUUGUUCUCUUUGUCGACGAAAUUCACCUUCUGAUGGGUGCCGGUGCUUCGGGUGAGGGUGGCAUGGACGCCGCUAACUUACUCAAGCCCAUGCUCGCUCGUGGACAACUGCACUGCAUUGGUGCAACGACCCUUGCCGAGUAUCGAAAGUACAUUGAGAAAGAUGCUGCUUUUGAGCGACGAUUUCAACAGGUUAUCGUCAAGGAGCCCAGCAUUCCCGAGACUAUCUCCAUUCUUCGAGGUCUCAAGGAGAAGUACGAGGUUCACCAUGGUGUCAGCAUCGCCGAUGCUGCUAUAGUCGCAGCCGCCAAUCUUGCCGGACGAUACCUCACUACUCGUCGCCUGCCAGAUUCCGCUGUCGAUUUAAUUGAUGAAGCUGCCGCGGCAGUCAGAGUCGCUCGAGAAUCCCAGCCUGAGAUCAUCGACUCUCUGGAGCGCAAGUUGCGACAACUCAAGAUCGAAAUCCAUGCUCUAUCUCGAGAGAAGGAUGAUGCUUCCAAGGCUCGACUCCAGGCUGCCAAGCAGGAUGCCGAAAACGUAGAGGAAGAGCUGAGACCGCUUAGAGAGAAGUACGAGCGCGAACGAAAGCGUGGUAAGGAUAUUCAGGAGGCCAAGGUGAAACUUGACCGACUGAAGGUCAAGAUGGAGGAUGCAGCUCGAAUGGGUGAUCACGGCACAGCAGCGGACCUUCAGUACUACGCUAUCCCCGAGCAAGAGAAUGCGAUCAAGGAACUUGAGCGCCAGAAGGCCGCUGCCGACGCUGCUCUAAGCCAGAAUGAUAUCGGUGGUGCUAUGAUCACAGAUGUCGUCGGACCGGACCAGAUUAACGAGAUUAUCUCACGUUGGACCGGCAUUCCUAUCACUAAACUGAAGACUUCCGAGAAGGAAAAGCUCAUCCACAUGGAGAAGGUGCUCGGAAAGAUCGUGGUAGGACAGAAGGAAGCAGUUCAAGCAGUUGCUAACGCCAUUCGACUACAACGAUCAGGGCUAAGCAACCCCAAUCAGCCACCUAGCUUCCUCUUCUGCGGUCCAUCCGGAACUGGAAAGACCUUGCUAACUAAGGCUCUUGCGGAGUUCCUCUUUGACGAUCCGAAGGCCAUGAUCCGGUUUGAUAUGUCCGAAUACCAGGAGCGCCACUCACUCAGCAGAAUGAUUGGUGCACCACCCGGAUAUGUCGGCCACGACUCCGGCGGUCAAUUGACCGAAGCCCUCCGCAGGAAACCGUUCUCCAUCUUGCUAUUUGAUGAAGUUGAGAAGGCGGCCAAGGAGAUCUUGACUGUCCUUCUACAAUUGAUGGAUGACGGUCGUAUUACCGAUGGCCAAGGACGUGUCGUCGAUGCCAGGAACUGCAUAGUCGUGAUGACCUCGAACUUGGGCGCGGAGUACCUAGCUCGCCCUAGUGGUCGUGACGGCAAGAUCGACGCCACAACUCGAGAAUUAGUCAUGAAUGCCCUGCGCAACUACUUCCUACCCGAGUUCCUCAACCGUAUCAGCUCUACUGUCAUCUUCAACAGACUUACGAGACGCGAGAUCCGCAAGAUUGUGGACCUUAGACUCUCCGAGAUACAGAAGAGAUUGAACGACAAUGAUCGCAACGUUCGCAUUGAGGUCACGGAAGAGGCCAAGGACUAUCUGGGCAAUGCGGGAUACUCCCCUGCCUACGGUGCUAGACCUCUUGCCAGACUUAUCGAGAAGGAAGUGCUUAACCGCCUAGCAGUCCUAAUUCUUCGCGGCGGCAUUAAGGACGGCGAAGCGGCGAGGGUUAUCAUGGUCGGUAACAAAUUACAGGUCUUAGCCAACCACACCGACAGCGAGUUGGGAGACGGUGAGGACGACGAGGACAUGCUGAUUGAUGAGGAUGAUGCAGUGGAGGAUAUCGCACCGAAUGACAGCAUGGAUGAAGACAUCUACGACUAAGGGGACGUCGAGAUUGACAAUGAAUAACGAAUGAUGAAUGAUUGUGCAUACGGUAAAGGAGGAAUGUACAUCGAGGCGCGGGAUUCUUAGGGGAAUGGAUUAUGUGUGUACCUUAUCCUACGAGGUGGAGAUUCAAAAGUUGCAAGGUUGGUGGCUUCUAGGUCGGUAUGGCGUUUGCGCCGGGCAACAGGGUAACUACAUAGGGUUUUAGUACCAUGGCUAAUAAAGCAAGAUUGGCUUUAUAAUAUUAAUCAAUGUGAUUAAUCAA